GGAGCCCCCGGAGCGCGGCCCGGGCCGUCCCCGCGGGGCGGUCGCGGCCGUGACGGCGGCUCUGGGCCCGGCUCCCCUUCCACACCCCUCCCGCCGGAGAUGAGGGGAAGAUGUCUGUGUCAGGGCUCAAGGCCGAGCUGAAGUUCCUGGCGUCCAUUUUCGACAAGAACCACGAGCGAUUCCGCAUCGUCAGCUGGAAGCUGGACGAGCUGCACUGCCAGUUCCUGGUGCCGCCGCCCGCGCCGCCAGGCAGCCCGCACUCGCCGCCGCCGCCGCUCACCCUACACUGCAACAUCAUGGAAUCCUAUCCAUCUUCUUCACCAAUAUGGUUUGUGGACUCUGAUGACCCAAAUCUGACAUCAGUUCUGGAACGUCUAGAAGAUACUAAGAACAACAAUUCGCUUCGUCAGCAGUUGAAGUGGUUGAUAUGUGAACUCUGCAGAUUAUAUAACCUCCCUAAGCACCUGGAUGUUGAGAUGCUAGAUCAGCCACUACCCACGGGUCAGAAUGGGACAACGGAAGAAGUGACUUCAGAAGAGGAGGAAGAGGAAGAGAUGGCUGAAGAUAUAGAAGACUUGGAUCACUAUGAGAUGAAGGAAGAAGAGCCUAUUAGUGGAAAAAAGUCAGAGGAUGAAGGAAUUGAAAAAGAAAACUUGGCAAUAUUAGAAAAAAUUAGGAAGACUCAAAGGCAAGACCAUCUAAAUGGUGCAGUGUCUGGGUCUGUGCAAGCUUCAGAUAGACUUAUGAAAGAGCUCAGGGACAUAUACAGAUCACAGAGUUAUAAAACAGGGAUUUAUUCAGUGGAACUCAUAAAUGACAGUUUAUAUGACUGGCAUGUUAAAUUGCAGAAGGUCGAUCCUGAUAGUCCUUUGCACAGUGAUCUUCAGAUCUUAAAAGAAAAAGAAGGCAUAGAAUAUAUUUUGCUUAACUUCUCUUUUAAGGAUAACUUUCCAUUUGAUCCUCCAUUUGUUCGAGUGGUGUUACCUGUUCUUUCAGGAGGGUAUGUGUUGGGUGGUGGAGCAUUAUGUAUGGAACUUCUCACAAAACAGGGCUGGAGCAGUGCCUACUCAAUAGAAUCGGUCAUCAUGCAGAUCAAUGCCACUUUAGUCAAAGGCAAAGCCAGAGUGCAGUUUGGAGCAAAUAAGAAUCAGUAUAAUCUAGCAAGAGCCCAACAAUCCUAUAAUUCCAUUGUACAGAUACAUGAAAAAAAUGGCUGGUACACCCCUCCAAAGGAAGAUGGCUAAAUGUGUUGACUGUGUAUGUUUGGACCAAUGUUGCUUUAAAGAAAAUCGUUCCAACAUGCAGACCCAAGCUUUGAGUGCCCCUGUAACAGCAGCACUGAAGACGUUAGCUAAUAGUUAUUUUAGUGGAUAAUCUGUCAACUGACAUCCCAUAUAAGUUACAGCCUUUUCAUUUUGCUCAUUUGAGGUAUCUUGGACUGAGCAAUGGGGCCUUUAUUGUAUUCUUCCUGAUAAAUACACAUACUGGUCACUUAUCUCUUUUUCUUGAAAAGUGAGAUCUGUUAAGCAGGCAAGUCAGCAUCGGUUUACUGAAGUUGCGACUUAGGGUAACUUUCCCAUAUUGAGCUCAUAUGUUACGAGGACUUGCAAUAUAUUGUUCCAUUUAGAGCCAAUAAAAGUUUGAUGUUUAAUAUUGGUUUAGAAAAUUUAAGAUGUUCUAAAUCACAGUAGCGUUUUCAGGUUAAAACCAUUUUAUGAUAUUGCCAAAAUAAUGACAGGAAACCUACUCAUUAAGUUGUUAAACUUUUUUUAUGGCUAUGUGAAGAUAUGAACUGUUUCCUGAAGAUAUACUCUUAACUGAGUUGUAUUGUACUUUUUAGGCAAAGCAAAGCAAGGCUAUGCCAAUUAAGGCUUGUAAGUAGUAAUUUCCACUGGGGCAUCCAAGUCUUGCUGGGUUGACUCGGCUUCUUGUUGGUUCAAUAUUUCUUAAGAAGAGCUGCAGUAUAGAGCUUAAAGUUAUUUAAAAUAUUAAGUCAUUUUACGUUCCCAUUUUAUUAACGGGAUGUUGCAAUCAUUUGUAAACUAAUAAACUUAUAAAGUGAUUGGCA